GGCAUACUGUUGGGGCGAGUGCUGUUAGCAAGCGCCUAUGAAUGCCAGCACGGUGCAUGAGGUGCGCGUCGAUAAAACACGCACACUUACGUUCGUGUAAGUGUCUCUAUGAGUGUGGGUGAGCGUGCGCGACUGCCGUGCCAGGCUAGGUGCACGUUUAAAUCAGCGCCCAGCCAGUUGGUCGCUGCUCGCUCCGUGCCCUUGGCGCCGCCGCGCCCGCGAGGUUAUAAACGGCGCCAGAAAGCGGACACCGCGACUAUUUUGGGCCGUGGGGUCCACGGGGGCCACAUUGGGGCCACACCGAAGCCAUCUUCCGUCCGACGCUGAGACAAACAGACUUUCCUGCGGCCUCAACAAAGACCCCCAGAGCCGAAGGGGACCGCACACGGAGCUCACCGCAGGGGCCACGCAGAGAGAAGGGACAGGCCCUUUGGCUCGUGCACGGGAUUUGUGUGAAGAGGUGCGAGGUGCGAGGAGGAGGAGGAGGAGGGAGCGCCGCGUCUGAUUAAGUGCAGGAGCAACCUUUCUGAUGGGAGACCCCGGAGAAGACACCCAUGAAGCCGGGCCUGCCGAGGACUCCCCCGAGCUGUGCGCUCCCUCCCCGGCUUCUGCCUCCUCCUCGAAGCCUCCUGUGGCUCUGGGCACGUGGAUCGUGCUCGGCUCUCUGCUGGUUCUGUGGCUCGCAGCCUCCGUGGUGGCUCUGGGAUGGGUCAACUCGCAGUCCGUCGGGCACGUCGCGACGGGACGCGCGGACGUGGACGAGGAAGCGGGGCUGGGCUACUCUUUCCUCACCUUCUUCUUUGAUGCCUUUGAACCCGAGUCGGCAAAGCCAGAGGAACCCGCAGUGAAGUCCGCCGGUGAUGAAGCCAAGAAAGCCAAAAAGAAGCGAGCAGAGAAGGUGGUGGAGGCGGAAAAACCCAGCAAGAAGAGACCUCUCAAAGAGGUGAAGGAAGUCGAGGAGAAACUGUUGAAGAAGAGUAAGAGGGAAGACAAAGACGAGAAGGUAGCCCACAAGCCCGACAAGGGCCGGGACGCAGGGAGAGAGGGGCAGGCCGGCGGCUCAGCGGGCGGCGUGAAGUCGGGGAAGAGGAAGGAGGAGGAGGAGGGGAAGAAGAAGGAGGAGGAGAAGGUGAGUAGCGGCGGCGGCGCGGGCAAGAGAGAGGGCGGCGCUCGGGACGAGGGAGCGGAGAAGAGGCGAGACAAAGGCAGCGGCGCGGGCAGCCAGAAAGGGGCGAAGCGGGAGGAGAAGGGCAGCGCGACAGACGACAAGGCGGCGACGCGAGGAGCAAAGGGCAGCGGCCAUGCCGAUGAGAAGGCUGGGGCGAAGCCGGCCAAGAAGGGCGGCAACAACGGAGACGGAGGAAAGGGAAAACAUCCCAAGGACAAAAAUGACAGCGACCAGGAGAACAAGAGCCACGGGAAAAAGUCCAAGUGAGCGGUGGAGCGGAGUGUGGAUCAGCGGUGGCUGACAUCUGAGGUUUGCACUGCGGGUGAUGAUGUAUGGCCCAAGUGGAGGGCGCUCUCCCCACACACACUCACACUCAGCUCUCAUCUGAAUCCAGAGAUACACCCGUUCGGCAAGUGUGUCCGAAAACACAUCACCUUCUCAUUGUAAUUGUAAUUAUAUUAAACAGUGUCGAAAUGUUACGUGUUCUCAAGAUGCUCUGCAGGGCACACGAACAAACAGAAACGUUGAUCAUCAACACGAUGGCUGAGGCCGGGUCCUCGCCCGUCGCGAGUUGAUAGUCUCAGCCCGGCCACCAAUUAAUACACAAAACACCCUCAUCGUUGAAUUUGGCAAAAUUCCACCUCUUAGAAAUGCUAAAUAAUGGUUUGACCAUAACGCGACGAAUAUUACUGCCAGCAGCACCGUAAGUGGGCAAGUGCUGCCCUCUGCUGUGUUGACCAGAGCUCGCUUGGACAAGAAGGGGUCGUCGCUGGUAGCUCUGCGAUAUCCGCUUCCGUGGGUCGCAUCGUAUCCUGGAGACUGUUGGCAGGACUUUUACAAUACGAAUCUUAAGUUGACGAUUCAAACGCUGCAUUUCAGUCACAACUCAAAGUUGUCUCCUGCUCGUUUUAGCAUUAAGGAAUUGGUGCUCAUCUCUUGUUUACAGCCCGCAGACAGUCGUGGAAAUUCCACAUUCUUAUGGCGGGCGUAAGUGAAUCAAUAGUACAAUCACUGUUGAUCUUUCCCAGAAAGUGGUACUGAUUUUAGCGACUCCGGAGGGAGGGAUGAUGAUUCAACUCAUUCAUCUAGGACAGGGGUCGGCAACCUACGGCUCCGGAGCCGCAUGCGGCUCUUUACGGGCUGCUUCUUGACGAUAUGUACGUGAGUACAGUUGUACUCAGAUGCAUUGCGGCUCUUGAAAUACUGAAUUUUGUACCGAAUUGGAAAGAAAUGGCUCUUCUUGUUAUUUUGGUUGCCGACCCCUGAUCUAGGGUUAUUGAUUCGCGACCAUCUAAUUGCGAGCGGCUGUCGGCCGAUAUACUCCUUGCAAUGAUACAAAACUCGAGUGGUUAUACCGACGCGAAUCACCUCGGAAUAUCUCUCAUUAACGCUCGUGACGUCACUCCACAUCGACCAGCCCCCCUCAUUAAUAUACACGAGCAGGUGACGUCCUCCAAAUGGACACCCCCCCCCCUCAUUAAUAAUCAUGAUCGACUGACGUCACACCACAUGGGGGGCCGAGGCGCCUCCUCCCCCCUCCUCGGCGUCAACUCACAGCCCUCACGACAAAGGCAGAACCCUCACGCCACGCGAUCUCCGUGACGCUGUUGAGGUAUCAAAGUAAAAAGGACGUCGUGAUGAACAAGGGAUUAUAUCCUUAAAAUGAAAUAAGUCUGUGUCACCGCGCCCUUACUAACUGCACGCGCCCUGAUGCAAUGAAUGUGACGUCGCGGUCUGCUUUUCGCUUGCAAGUUUCAGAUUUGCUGCAAUACACCCGUCCUUGGACGGGCAAAAGGCGAGUCUUAUAGAUAGCAUUUCCCCCGCCAUAGGAAUGUGUAAUUUCCACAACUGGCUCUGCAGGGCUGAAAACAGGAUAUGAACACGAAUGCCCCGAUGCUCGUGUGAGCAGGACCUCACCGUGACUUUUCGUGUGACGUCACUGUUGUUUGCCGUACUUUGAAUACCACUGCAGUGACGUCACAUUCCUAAAGAAGUACGGCGGCCUACCUGAAAGUCACUUUAACGUCAUUUCUCCCCUCACUAAGCUUCAGGCUGGCACGGGGCAGCCCUGGACACGUCACCUUGGUGUAUAGCUACAAGGGCUGUGCUUGUGUGUGUUGGCCUGGGUCUGUCACGUGUCCAGUUUGGGCAUUCUGACAGAGCACAGCGCGGAGCUCGCCCCGAGUCGUCUCGCCUCGCGACGUCGACUCCGCGGUCGCCUUUCGCUUUGGCCCGAGCUGCGGGUAUUCACGAGGUACGAGGCAGCCCCUUGUGGGAGAGAGACAGGGAGAGAGAGAGAAACGAGAGAGAUGCAGAGCGGGAGAUGGGAGUUUCAAACACCGACAAGGCGACGAUAUCUGAUGGGGAGAAGACAGCAAGUUGGUGGAGGAGCAAAAUAUCUUUAAAAAACGCGAGCCCGAAUACUGACCACGUGGACAGGUGUGACGUAGGUUUGUCAUAGAACGUUGCAAAAUGCCCAGCUCGUCAUUGUGGAGAGUGCUUGCAGCUUCAUGUUUGUGCCGACAUCUCCACACUCGUUGCACUGGUUGUAAAACUACAAGUGGUGACCCUGAUGGGCUCUCGUCUGGUUCAAUAAAGCGGUGCUUCUCAUCUCAUUA